CCGACGUAGGGAGAGUCUUUCUUAUCCCCCUUUCCGUUCUUUCCUUCUUCGUCGCGCCUCUCUCUCCAAAGGCGGCGUUUGGGAGAUGCAAAGGACCCCAUGACUUCGUAUUGAUGAUAUUUCCCUGAAACUUGGGGGGGAUAGCUUAUUGAAUCACCCAAAGCUGACUCUUUCUAUUUCACGCGCUGUUGCUUUACUCAUCACCUCUGUCUUUGUUUAUAUAAACUUGUGCCGUACACACACGCUACACGCUUUUCUUCCUUCUUUGCAGCUUCUUUUGGAUUAGCUUUCUCUAGCUCGUGGGAGUUCAAUAAACCAUACAAGAUAAUCAUGCUGGAGAAAGAAUUUUUCACCGAGUAUGGGGAAGCCAGUCAAUAUCAGGUUCAGGAAGUGGUCGGCAAAGGAAGCUAUGGGGUUGUAGCCUCUGCCCUGUGCCCACACACUGGGGGAAAAGUGGCGAUAAAGAAGAUGACCAACGUCUUCGAACAUGUAUCAGAUGCUAUACGGAUACUCAGAGAGAUAAAGCUCCUCAGACUUCUCAAACACCCGGAUAUCGUGGAGAUCAAACACAUAAUGCUCCCUCCUUGUCGGAAGGAAUUCAAAGAUAUUUAUGUAGUUUUUGAGUUGAUGGAAUCUGAUCUUCAUCACGUCCUUAAGGUAAAUGACGACCUCACCCCUCAGCAUCAUCAAUUCUUCUUGUACCAACUACUUCGUGGACUAAAAUUCAUGCACUCAGCUCAUGUUUUCCAUAGAGACCUGAAGCCCAAGAACAUCCUUGCUAAUGCUGACUGCAAACUCAAGAUUUGCGAUUUUGGACUAGCUCGGGUUUCUUUCACUGAUUCCCCUUCAGCUGUUUUUUGGACUGACUAUGUUGCUACGAGAUGGUACCGUGCUCCCGAGCUGUGUGGUUGUUUCUAUUCUAAUUACACACCGGCUAUUGACAUAUGGAGCGUUGGCUGCAUAUUUGCGGAAAUGCUUACUGGAAAACCCUUGUUUCCCGGCAAGAACGUUGUGCACCAGCUAGAACUUGUCACUGAUCUGCUUGGCACUCCGUCGCCGGAAACUAUAGCAAGGAUUCGGAAUGAGAAGGCUAGAAAAUAUUUAAGUAACAUGAGGCGAAAGGAACGUGUUCCUUUCUCCCAAAAAUUCCCCAAUGCCGAUCCUGUGGCUCUGGGUUUGCUUCAGCGUUUGAUCGCAUUUGACCCCAAGGACCGUCCCUCUGCCGAAGAGGCAUUGGCUGACCCAUAUUUUCAAGGGUUGGCAAACGUGGAGUAUGAACCUUCAAGGCACCCGAUCUCUAAGCUUGAAUUUGAGUUUGAAAGGAGGAAAUUGACCAGGGAAGACGUGAGAGAGCUCAUGUACAGAGAGAUAUUGGAGUAUCAUCCACAGAUGCUGCAAGAGUACCUACAAGGAGAAGAGAACAACAACUCUCAUUUUCUAUAUCCAAGUGGAGUUGACCAGUUCAAACAACAAUUUGCCCGUCUCGAAGAGCAUGACGAUGAGAAUGAAGGGAACUCCCCACCAAUGCAGAGAAAGUACACCUCACUCCCGAGAGAAAGAGUCUGCUCAUCAUCAGAAGACGAGGGCGUAGAUCCAAUCCCACGAAACGAGAGGCUCAGCUCUUCUUCUUCUUCAAAGACUCCGAAAGCAAAUCAUGCAAAGCGCGCGGCCUGUCUCCUCAGAAGCGAUAGCAUCUGUGAUUCCAGAUGUGUCGGCGCUGCUGUCGCCGCCAAAGACUGCGAUCUUCUCGUCAGUUGAUCAUUUUCAUUUUCCUGUUUAUUGGGUUCUUGAGCUGCCAGUGAACUUUGGAUCGGAGUCAUCAUCAUGUAAUGCUGAAUUACGUAAAGAUGAUUUGGUAAGACAUUCAUCAUCAUGAUCAAUGGUUGACAAUAGCCAGAGAAGGAGAACUAUUCAAUGCUGAACCAUGUGGCCUUUAUAUUAUUAUUUAGUGCGCUUUUAUGUUUUCACA